AUGUCGACAACCAUGAAGCUUGAAAAUUUUGAGGAUGAGUUCAACUUCCCCAAAAUGGAGGAGGAUGUGAUAAAGAUGUGGGAAGAGAAGGACUGCUUUCACCAGUGGUUGAAACGUUCGGAGGGUCGUAAGCGGUUUUCAUUUUAUGAUGGCCCGCCUUUCGCCACCGGUCUUCCGCACUACGGCCAUAUUCUAGCCGGAACCAUCAAGGAUAUGGUGGUGCGAUUCGCCAACCAGACCGGCUACCGCGUUUACCCGCGUUUUGGCUGGGAUUGCCACGGCCUGCCCGUCGAAUUUGAGAUUGAUAAGAAGCUGGGCAUCAAAACCUCGCAUGACGUCCUGAAGUUUGGCAUUGCCAACUACAACGAGGAGUGCCGCAAGAUCGUAAUGCGGCAUUCCUCGGAGUGGCGCUCCACCGUGAUCCGCACCGGCCGCUGGAUCGACUUUGACAACGACUACAAGACCAUGAAUCGAUCCUACAUGGAGAGCGUCUGGUGGGUCUUCUCGGAGCUGUGGAAAAAAGGCCUGAUCUACCGGGGCUUCCGUGUAAUGCCCUUUUCCACGGGCUGCACAACGCCCCUGAGCAACUUCGAGGCGAACUUGAACUACAAGGAUGUCAACGACUGCUGUAUUACGAUCGCCUUUCAAUCGAAAGACGACGCCAACACGUACUUUUUGGCGUGGACGACGACGCCGUGGACGCUCCCAAGCAACCUCACCCUGUGCGUCCACGAAGAGGUCGACUACGUAAAGUUUUUGGACCAAAAGUCAGGCCGCCACUAUUACGUCGCCGAGGCGUUGCUGAAAGGGCUCUACCCCAAGCCAAAGAGUACAAAAAAGAAGGCGGAGGGCGCGGAAGUCGGGGACGCCGACGCGGAGCCGUAUAAGGUAUUGGAGACGAUCAAGGGAAAGGAACUUGUUGGGAGGAAGUACCACCCUCUCUUUCCCUAUUUCAGUACCAAAUUCGAAGAUCGGGCCUUCCGCGUCGUCUCGGCUGCGUACGUGACGACUGACAGCGGGACGGGCAUCGUCCACCAGGCCCCUGGCUUUGGCGAGGACGACUACAACGCCUGCCUUGAGUAUGGGAUUAUUCAAGAAGACGGGGAGCUCGUCUGCCCAGUCGACGAAAACGGAUUUUUCACCCAAGAGGUCACCGAUUACGCCGGACGCUACGUGAAGGACUGCGAUGCGGAUAUCAUCAAGGCACUGGAGGCCAAAGGUCAUGUCUUUAACAAAGGCUCCAUCGUUCAUAGCUACCCCUUCUGCUGGCGUAGCGAAACGCCGCUUUUAUACAAGGCGGUCGAUUCCUUUUUUGUUAAAGUCAAAUCGAUCCGGGAUCGCUUGCUAGGGGCUAUUGAUUCGACCUAUUGGGUGCCGGAUUUCGUCAAGACGCGGCGCUUUGCGAACUGGCUCGAGGACGCCCGCGACUGGAAUAUCUCACGCAAUCGCUACUGGGGUACCCCGCUGCCGAUUUGGCAUAGCGAGGACUGGAAGGAGGUGGUGGUGAUCUCCAGCAUCGCGGAGCUCGAGGAACUUUCCGGCAGGACCGGCAUCCAUGAUAUUCAUCGCCACUUUGUGGACGAGAUUACGAUUCCUAGUAAACGCCCGGGUGUAAAACCGCUGCGGCGGGUCCCGAUGGUGUUUGAUUGCUGGUUCGAGUCCGGAUCAAUGCCGUACGCCCAGGAGCACUUUCCCUUUGAAAAUAAUGAACUUUUCAAGGAGAUGUUCCCAGCCGACUUUGUCGCGGAAGGUCUUGACCAAACGCGCGGUUGGUUCUACACCAUGCUGGUACUUGGCGUGGCGCUUUUUGAUGUCUGUCCUUUCAAAAACGUCUGUGUAUCCGGCUUGGUUCUUGCGGAGGAUGGGAAAAAGAUGAGCAAGAGUUUAAAAAACUAUCCCGAACCGUCCCUUAUAAUCAAUCAAUACGGCGCGGAUGCGCUUCGGAUGUUUAUCAUCAAUUCCCCUGUUGUCCGUGCGGAGCCCCUGAGCUUUCGCGAGUCGGGCGUAAAAGAGGUCGUCAAGGAUAUCCUGCUUCCGCUUUUCAACGCCACGAAGUUUUUCAUAGCCAACACGAACUACUGUAUUGAGGCCGGCGGGACCGUCUCCUUGGAUGUCCACAGCACGAAUGAGAUGGAUCGCUGGAUCCUCGCCGCAACGGAGACGCUCGUGCGGUACGUCCGGUCCGAGAUGAAGCUUUACCACCUCUAUAACGUCGUCCCCGGCAUCCUGCGCUUCGUGAUCGACCUGUCGAGGUGGUAUGUCCGGAUGAAUCGGCGGCGAAUGAAAAACCCCAGCGAUCGCGCGGACCGCGCCUGUGCGCUUUCCACGAUGCUUUCCGUGUUGUUUACGGUUUCGCGCGUGAUCGCGCACAUCGUGCCGUUUAUCUCCGAGAUUCUCUUCCAGCGCCUGAAGCCCCUCCUUCCCUCGCAGUACCAGGUGGACUCCGUGCACUAUCUUUCCAUCCCCGACGAGGACGACCGCGUGAUGGAUGCCGACCUCGAGCGGGCGAUGGGCCGCAUGGCGACGAUUGUCGACCUCGUCCGCGUUCUGCGCGAUCGCAUGGUGAUUCCCAUCAAACGCCCCGUCCGCCAGGUCAUUAUUGUCCAUCCCGAGGCGUCCUACCUGGCGGACGUCGCAAAGGUCGCGGUUUAUAUCAAGGAGGAGGUCAACACCUUCGAGGUGAAUUUGUCCUCCGGGACGGAGUACAUCGAAACGAUGCUGGACGUGAACUUCGAGGUCCUCGGAAAGCGACUACGUCAUGCGAUGGUGCCAAUUCGGAAGACCAUCCAGGCGAUGCCCCCGGCGGAGAUCGCCCGAUUUAUUCACAACAAGGGCGGCGAGGUCGACGGCCACGCGCUCACGCUGGAGGACGUGAAGAUUCUGCGGAAGUUCAAGGAGGGAAUUGUCGACUUUGAGAGCAACACCGACCAAGACGUCGUCGUGUUGGUCGACAAGCGCGACGAUCAGGAGUUGGUGGACUCGUGGCGCGCUCGCGAAUUUGUGAACCGUGUCCAGCAGCUUCGUAAGAAAGCGAAAUUGGUCGUCUCGGACAAGAUUAACGUUUACUUCGCCUGCGAUGAGGAGGAUCUUAAAGACUCGAUCAUUAAAUGCGAGCACCAGAUCAAUCAGACCAUCAAAGGGCUAUGGACGACAAUGGACAAGAUUUCAUCCAACUCCAAAAUUAUCAUUGAAGAGGAGAGCAGCAUAUCAGGUAUAGGUAUUAGAUUUGUUUUUACAGAAGUAGCAGACAAAUAA